AUGCAAAACCAAGCAUGCUUCAGUGUCAGAGAACGAAACUGUCAAGGUCUGAUCACAAAUUGCCUCUUCUCCUCUAUCAGACAUCUAAAAAUUAAAGGAUAUCUAUUCGCUGGCAUGCUGAGAAUAUUUAUUUUUAGGACCUGCCGAUACAAAAUAUUCUUGUCACGUGACAGUAACAUUCUACCAGGUAAUCAAAAUGGAUAUUCCUGGCACGUAUUAAGCACAUUCCAUAAGUGAGAAGAAACUGGCAUCUGCAGCUGCUCAUGUUGCAAAGACGCAGGAAGUAUAUGAAUAAAACAACAAAAACAAGAAUAGACUUUUAUAAUACGAUAGAAGGGCACCUUGAAUACAUACAUAUGACAUUG